GUCCCGCCUGCCUCCUCCGCCCGCGGCCGCCCAUGGCCGGGCCCGGCUCGGCUCGGCUUCAGGGCGACGCGGCCGCCUUCACCGCCGCUCUCCGCACCCUGGUCAACAACCCCCAGUUCAGUGAUGUGACGUUCGUGGUGGGCCGGGAGCAGCAGAAGGUAUUUGCACAUUGCUGUGUGCUGGCGUGUCGCUGCCAGGCCUUCCAGGGGAUGCUCAGCCAGGGACUGGUGGGCAGUGAGGACCCACCUGGCAGCAUCCCACCUCAGGGCCCCUUUGUCCUGGGCAACGUGCAGCCUGAGGUCUUUCUGGCUGUCAUUGAGUUCCUGUACACCAACAGCAUCACCCUCAACAGCCACAUUGUGCUGGAGGUGCUGACAUCAUCGGUGGAGUAUGGCCUGCAGGACCUGUGCAAGCUCUGCAUUGAGUUCAUCAAGGACACACUGAGUGUUGAACAGGUCUGUGAGGCUCUGCAGGCUGCAGUGACCUAUGGGCUGGCAGACCUCCAGCAACAUUGCCUGGCCUUCAUCGAGGACUGCACUGCGGCAGUGGUGCGGACACGGGGCUUCCACGAACUCUCCGACGUGGUGCUGGCACGGGUGCUGCGCAGCGACCGCCUGGCCGUGGAUGAACUGGACCUGGUGCAGGCUGUGCGGGAGUGGGCACACGUCAGCUCGGCCGUUCUGGAGCGCCCAGUGCCUGAAGUGGCUGCCUUGCCUGUGCAGGAGCUGCGCCUGCCCUUGUUGGCACCUAGUGAGCUGGCAACGCUGGAAAGCCACAACCAACGGGAUCUGCUCAUCCCGGUGGAGAGCAUCACAGCAGCCUGGCGGUCCCACGCGCUGAGGAAGGGCAGUGGAGUCCCCUCGCACCUCUGCCGGCCCCGGCGCGGCACGAGGCCUCGCGACCAUCACCGGCAUCUGGACCCAUGCACCAAGUAAGGGCUGGACACCAAGGUCGCUGGGGGGGCUCAGGCAGUGACAGUGCCCCCCGACCCCAGCCAGGUGCUCUGCAGCAGGGCCGGCUGCGGGGCUGGGCACAUCCAGAGGAGCCACCGCAGCCGAGAGCAUCAGUAAAGCCCUUUGCCCCAUGCCACCGUGCCAGGGGCAGGGCGGCAUGGCCGGGUCACCCCAAAAAGGGGUGUGGGGACAUGAAGGGUUUAGAGCUGGUACAUGGGGGGAUGUUGGAAGGAGACCCAGGCAGAGAGCACGGGCGGUGAUCACAAGGGUGGUGGGGCUGCAGGGUUCCUUGAGGGACGGGGACACAGGGAGAGCUCCCAGUUUUGCAAGCUCCCUGGUGCCGGGGCCCUUCCCCAGGGCCGUGCUGCCCUCCCCCGGCAGCGCGGCCGUUCUGCAGCCGGCAUGGGCGGGGGAACAACCCCCCACCCCAUGGCAGUGGCGGGGAGCAGACUGAGUGGGAUGGAGAGCUUCGGGUUUGGGGGGGGGUGGGCAGGCAAAUGGGAGUGGAGACCCCGGCAUCUCUGUGCCCAUGUAGCAGCGGUGCACCAAUGCUGGUGACCCCCCCUCCCCCCCGACCUGUCCCCAAAGCCUAUCCCCAAGCCCUGCCAGCAGCUCCCACCAGUCCCUCACAUCCCUGGGGUGGGUGGCAACACGCUGCCAGCUCUGUCUUCCCCCCACACCCCACCCUCAAUGUGCCUCUUCACAGCCUAACACACACACCCAUUGCACGUAUGCACAGAGCUGGGUCUGUCUCAAGCAUCCCACCACCCCCCUUCCCUCCAGCUGUGCCCCCCACAAGAAAGGGCCGGACACGGGAGGUAAUUUAUAUAUAAUAUAUAUAUUUACUCUUUA